UCUUGUUUUCAAACUGUCCCCCAGGCCGACUCGUAAAAAUAACAAUACCACCAUCCUUUGCGAGUUAUUCUUGUCUUUCAAUAUGGUGGACAGAACGUACAGUUUUGUGCUCUUUCUUCUCCUUUUGUUUCAUCGUUUAUCCUUGGAAAAGGUUGGUUGCUUGGAACCUCGCGGAGAGGAGUUAGUUUUCAACAUAGAUCACUGCCUAACGGAAGGAGCAAAUGCCGUUUUUAAGCCAAGGGGAACCAUUUAUGUCAAAAGCCUAAAGAUGUCCACUGGAGUAUUCUCUCAGCGUGAAGGACUCUCUGUAGAAGAUAUGGAUAGCCUAAAGGAUUUAGCAUCAAAUAAUGGUUAUUAUAGAAUACGGUUACAACCAAAACCUUCAGAAAACAGUGAAAGCAGUGACACCAGUGUUACCACAUUUGUAAAAGCUUGUGCACUGUUUACCUCAAGACUAACAGAGACAAUAACACUGUCAGUGGAUAGCUCAGGUCACUUAUAUGGUGUUGGGUUAAUCAUCCCUGAUGGCGGCUGUGAUGCAAAGACACUCAAUGUGGUUUGUAAUUCUGUUUGAUGUGUAUUCUAAAAUUUUGAUAGUAGUGUCCAGAUUCGACGAAUCUUCUGUGGAUGCAAGUGCCGUUUUUACAUUCUUUUAUUUAUCUGAAAGUUUUUUUCUUUUUUCUUGUACUUUUAUUUUUAUUAAUGAAUACUUCAUUAUAAAA